UCGAGGUUGACUUCCGCUCUCGAGCCACCGCUGCUUCCGUAGGCAACAUGGCGGCCUCCCGCUUGCCUCCCGCGGCCCUGACGCUGAAGCAGUUCAUGAGAAGGCAACAAGUUCUCCUCCUCUACAGAAAGAUUUUGCGAGCGAUUAGGCAAGUUCCGAGUGAUUCUGACCGAAAAUACCUUCAGGACUGGGCCAGGGAAGAAUUUAAAAGGAACAAAAGUGCCACAGGAGAGGAUACAAUCCGAAUGAUGAUUACCCAAGGCAAUAUGCAGCUAAAGGAACUAGAAAGGACGCUUGCUUUAGCCAAAUCUUAACUGAAAGAUUUUCAGACCUCCGUGUGCUUUUGCACUGGCUCAGAGCCACUGUCACAGAGCACCCAAAAUGAUGAUAAUCACUCUUAUCGAGAAUAUAAAUGAAGGUGUGUUAAUAUUUUCACUACAGUCAGUGGCUGUAAUUAAAUGUGAUGAGCGCUUGGAAUCCUACAUUGCUCCGUGGGAAGGAGAAAUGGCAGCCACUUUGAAAAACAGACUUAGUUAUUAAUUCUUAAAAAGGCAAUGAGGACAGGGCUGGUUACAGGUGAAGGCUCUUGCUGAAGGACCUAAGUUUGACCCCCGGGGACCCACAUGGUGCAAAGAGAAAACCACUCCAGAAAGAUGUCCUUCGACCUCCACACAGGCAUUGUAGCACACAAACAAACAAACAAACAAACAAAGAAUAAAUGUAUGCUAUGUUGUGA